AUGUCUUCAGACGUGUUUCGCAGGGUUGGCCGUGGCGGGGCUGGCAACUUCUUCUCUAAGAAAGAUGUCGAAGAAGCACAGAACGCACAAGCCCAGGACCCCGAAGCGCAGAAGCCCCAGUCUCCCACCGCCGAGGCGACAGCAGCCGCGCAGCGAUCCAACCCCGCGUACACGCGAGGAGGCCGUGGCGGUGCUGGCAACUUCCAGGACGCGCCCACGAUAGAUGACUCGAUUGCCCAGGAGGACGUAUUGCGGCGCACAAACGCCGCCGUCAGCGCAAGCCUGGCAAAGCCCAGGGCGGGCGGACUAUCUGGACGAGGCGGCAUGGGUAAUUGGAGCGACGACACGGCUCAGAAGGAAAAGGACGAACAGGAGAGGCGGCGGCAGCAGGAGAUCGAAGCCAAGAUCGCCCACGAUGUUGAGGCGCGCUUGGCUUUGCCGGGCAAGACCUAUCAUCAACACGACCGGGAAAUGGAGUGA